UUAUCCUGUAUGGACCAAUGGGAUGCAAGUACUCCCAGGAGCGUGGCCUUCCACGCCAGCUGCUUGUUUCAGAAGAUAAGGGAAACUUUUAACAGUAUUCAAUUGCUCGUCAGGUCCUCGCCACACUGCAGUGUCCGGAAAGAUGGGAGCCAUAGCUCGCGCGUUACCUUCAUCAACAGCGACGUCGGCAUUAGUCGCAUCAACCAAGAGGAAUAGACCAGCGGCUGCAGGGCUCGGCAGAAUCCAGUGCGCUCGUAGCCUUCCCUCUUCCACCUCCCUCGCUCGCGAUGGCAAAUAUGAACCAAGUAGAAGGGUCUUGACGUGGGGAGCAAUCGGGACCUUGCUAAGCCUGUCAGUGACCGAGAACGCUAGUGCAGCAAAGAGGAGGCCGCCUGCUCAGGAAGAGACACCAAAGAACGACCCCAAUGUGAGCGGCGUGCAAGCCAAAGUUCUUGCUAGCAAGAAGAGGAAAGAAGCCAUGAAGGAAGCCAUGGCCAAGCUUAGAGAGAGAGGGAAGCCCGUCAAUCAACUUUCUUCGGCUCCCCAGCCGACUCCAGAACCACCUUCUUCAACUCCCGAACCGACUCUCGAAUCACCUUCUUCGACUCCCGAUCUGCCUUCCCCACAAUGAUCUGGCCUCAAGGAUAAUUCGAACAGACCAACCUUGGAGCUACCGCCUGUAAUUUCAUCAUUUCUGCAUAUCUGAGAACACUAAUGCUACUGGCUCCUGAAAUAAAAGCAUUGAGUUCUCCAUGAUUGACGUGGAAGGACAGUUUAUCGAUUCGAAAAGUUUCAAAAGGCACAAAAGCGUUCUAUCAUAUCUGUGGAGGAUACUUUCCAAUCCAAAGAGUGAAGAUGUCAAUGGAUGGGCUUCAGAUCAGAUGUACUAUCUCCCAAAUUUUGUUAAUCAUGGGUAGCUCUAUAUAUGCUUCAAUUUUAAUGGCUCCCCAAGUACUACUUUUGUUCA